GGAAUCACGUCAUUACGUUUGUAGUCGCUGUCUGAUGACAAACUAGUGUUUUCAGACAAAUGUCCGAUCAUCAGGAAUAUUCCCAGGGAUUAUCGUGCUGACACCAUGAGUGAGGAGGACGCGGCGGGCCGGGGGGACCGGGACCGGGAGUCCACCCUGCUGCUCACCAAGGACGGCCAGCGCUACUACGUGAACCGCAGCGGGGUGCUGGACAGCAGGAACGACCCGGACCUGGGGGACCCGGAGGGCCCGGACCCCGACGACCCGGACCCGGGCGAGGAGAGCGACGUCCUGGACACGUCGGACCCGCGGGACGAGCGGGACGACGAGGACGCGGGGGAGGGCGACGCCGCCCCCAAGCAGUGCACGUACGACGGCUGCACCGAGACCACCACGCAGGUGGCCAAGCAGAGGAAGCCCUGGAUGUGCAAGAAGCACCGCAACAAGAUGUACAAGGACAAGUACAAGAAGAAGAAGAGCGACCAGGCCAUGUCCAGCGGGAAGCUGGACGAGAACGCGGAGGAGCGUCCCGUGUCGGUGAACAAGCAGCGUCUCAGUGCCAUGGGGGACCGUCCUGCCAGACCCUCGCUGAUCGAGCAGGUCCUGAACCAGAAGAGACUGUCGCUGCUCAGGAGUCCGGAGGUGAUCAGCUUCCUGCAGCAGCAGCAGCAGCAGCUCCUGGCCACGCACAACCGCCUGCACUCCCAGCAGCACUUCCAGGGCUGCUGACGGCGGCUGCUCGCUGCACGCCAACACGGACUGAUCACUGAUCACUGGCACCUGAUCCAUGAUGGAUACCAAGCUGCAAGCAGGACCUGUCUGCAGUUAAAGAAACAGGCUGAAAAAAGAAAAACUUUUGGACUAAGCUCAGAUUUCAUCGUGUAGCACACAAUGUUAAGGAAUUCUAUUUUUCUAAGUGAGCCAAAAAUUCCCUCCAUUGACUGUGAAUUCAUGUUUGCCAGUAAUAAUGAAGGCCGUGGGUUCGACAGGUUUAACGCUUCACCUCAUCUAGUGUUGGCUCUCACUGUUUUAAUGAUAUUCUUGUCAAACGUGACAAUCAUCUUUGCAACCAAGUGAAGCUUGUAGGACUUGCUCAUUGUACUGUAUGUCUGUUCAUAUUUUAUCUGUAGCACACGUUUUAAAUUAUGUUUUAAUGCAAGUAAGGGUAGCAGUGUAAAAGAAUUGAUUUACUGGUAAAGUGCAAAAAAGCUCAGAGAAGUGACUGUAUGAAGCUCAUUAUGUUGUGUUUCCCUGGCUCAGUACAAAAUAUUUAAAUAUGAAAAUGUUAACAAAAUAAAGAGAUCCCAGACUCUGUAUUUAUACUGUAGUUUUGGUUUCUUCUUUUUUUUUAAUGAGGAAAAAUGCAGUUCAUGGGGAGAAACAAGUUUAAAGGAACAAGUAAAAAGCAACCAGUACAUUUAUACAUACAUUGGUUAAUACACAUGGAAAUACAUUUACACAUGAUUAUAA